CCCGGGCUUCCGGCGACCUCUGGCCCUUGUCUGUCGUCCGCUCCCGCUGCCUGGCGUGCUCGCUCUCUGUCUUCCCUCCCUCCUGUCUCUCCUCGCACGCUCCCUGGUGACUGGGGCGCCCGCGACCAGCAGGGAGGCAGUGGCGGAGGACGAUCGUCAUGGCCGCCUCUAAGCCGGUGGAGGCGGCAGUGGUCGCGGCGGCUGCGCCCGGCUCCGGGAGUGGGGUGGGCAGCGGCGCGGCCCCGGGCACGGGGGGCCUGCCGCGAUGGCAGCUGGCGCUGGCGGUCGGGGCGCCCCUGCUGCUGGGCGCGGGCGCCGUGUACCUGUGGAGCCGGCAACGGCGGCGCCGGGAGGCCGGGGGCCGAGGCGACGCGAGCGGCCUGAAGCGCCACAGUGAGCGGAAGACGCCGGAGGGCAGGGCAAGUCCGGCCCCGGGCAGCGGACACCCCGAAGGCCCCGGCGCUCCCCUGGAAAUGAACUCUCUUGAUAGAGCCCAAGCAGCCAAGAACAAAGGCAACAAAUAUUUUAAAGCAGGAAAAUAUGAACAAGCUAUUCAGUGCUAUACCGAGGCUAUCGGUUUGUGCCCAACGGAGAAGAACGUUGACCUUUCCACGUUUUAUCAAAACAGAGCUGCUGCCUUUGAACAGUUGCAAAAAUGGAAAGAGGUGGCACAAGAUUGUACAAAGGCUGUUGAACUUAAUCCCAAAUAUGUGAAAGCUCUCUUUAGACGUGCAAAAGCCCACGAGAAGCUAGACAAUAAGAAGGAAUGUUUAGAAGAUGUCACUGCUGUGUGUAUAUUAGAAGGGUUCCAGAAUCAACAAAGCAUGCUGUUAGCUGAUAAAGUUCUCAAACUUCUUGGAAAAGAGAAAGCCAAAGAAAAAUACAAGAAUCGUGAACCUCUGAUGCCAUCUCCACAGUUUAUCAAAUCUUACUUCAGUUCUUUCACGGAUGAUAUAAUUUCUCAGCCCAUGCUUAAAGGAGAGAAGUCUGAUGAAGAUAAAGACAAGGAAGGGGAGGCUUUAGAGGUGAAAGAAAAUUCUGGAUAUUUAAAGGCCAAACAGUAUAUGGAAGAAGAAAACUAUGAUAAAAUCAUAAGUGAAUGCUCAAAAGAAAUAGAUGCUCAAGGCAAAUACAUGGCAGAAGCAUUAUUACUACGAGCCACGUUCUACCUGCUUAUUGGCAAUGCCACUGCGGCCAAACCAGAUUUAGAUAAGGUCAUCAGUUUGAAAGAUGCUAAUGUGAAGCUUAGAGCAAAUGCUCUCAUCAAAAGAGGCAGCAUGUACAUGCAACAGCAGCAGCCUUUGCUGUCUACUCAGGAUUUUAACAUGGCUGCUGACAUCGAUCCUCAGAAUGCAGAUGUUUAUCACCAUCGAGGACAGCUGAAGAUACUGCUUGAUCAGGUUGAAGAAGCAGUAGCGGAUUUUGAUGAGUGCAUUAGAUUAAGACCCGAGUCUGCUCUGGCUCAAGCUCAGAAGUGUUUUGCAUUGUAUCGCCAGGCAUAUACAGGAAACAAUUCUUCACAAAUCCAAGCAGCUAUGAAAGGUUUUGAAGAGGUCAUAAAGAAAUUUCCAAGGUGUGCUGAAGGCUAUGCACUGUAUGCCCAGGCAUUAACAGAUCAACAGCAGUUUGGCAAAGCUGAUGAAAUGUAUGAUAAAUGUAUUGAUUUGGAACCAGAUAAUGCCACAACAUAUGUUCAUAAAGGUUUACUUCAACUUCAGUGGAAGCAAGAUCUGGACAGAGGUUUGGAGCUUAUCAGCAAGGCCAUUGAAAUCGACAAUAAAUGUGACUUUGCGUAUGAAACCAUGGGAACUAUUGAAGUGCAAAGAGGAAACAUGGAGAAAGCCAUUGACAUGUUCAACAAAGCUAUUAACCUGGCCAAAUCAGAGAUGGAGAUGGCUCACCUGUACUCACUCUGUGACGCUGCCCACGCCCAGACAGAAGUUGCAAAGAAAUACGGAUUAAAACCACCAACAUUGUAAAAUGGGGGGAGGAAAAUGAUCCUCUUUUUAGAGAAAUUUACCCCUCUUCAGCUGACCCCUAAGGACACUGUCAUGAACUGUGGUGACCGGUGGAACCUCGUAUUUCUGUGUGUGCCGUGGUUGUGCGUCACGUCUGUGUCACGGUAGCUGUUGAAGGGGUCUGCAGUGUCGCAGCUUUUAUUCCCUGUGCAACAAAAGCUUAGAACCUGUUAAAGGGAUAGCAAAACAGAGCUGCAGAGUACCCGUGAUAACUGGCCAUGCAAAUAAAAACUUUGAUUUGUU